UUGAGAAGACCCCCAGGCCCCAAGAAACAGACUCACUUCAACAAAAGCCCUUUCUUUCACAUUACAAUUGCCCCCAUAAUUCUUCCUAUAUAUAACCCCAGAAAUCCCCCAACGCCCACAUUCCACCCAACCAUCUAUUCCUCUGCAAACCCCCCGCCAAAACCACUGAAUAAUUCACACCAAAUCCCUCUUGUUCCCAUGGCCACCCCCAAUCAGGAGGCUAUCGAUACCUUUAUCAGCAUCACCGGCGCCUCCGAGGCCGUCGCCCUCCGCAAGCUCGAGGAGCAUGGUGGUGAUCUUAAUGAAGCUGUGAAUGCACAUUUCAGCGAAGGAGAUAGAAAUAUGCAAGUACCUAUUAUUGCGCGUGAAACUUUAAUUGCUGCUCCUCAAAGUGAUUUCAUGGAUAUAGAUGAUCCAAUCCCAGUUGAAUCCCAGGGGCCUGCUUCAUCACUUUUAUCUGCUGCUACAAACUUGAACCCUUUGUCACUCCUCGAUCCAAGUUCCAAUAGAAGUUUGUUCAAUAGUGAUUCUGACUUGACUAGACGGGGACCAUCUGUUUCACAUCCAAGGGAGGUGAGGGAGAUCCCUAUAGAAUUCAAGGAUGGGAAUGAGACAUCUCACCAGUCUGGCUCUACUCCUGCAAUAGAAGAUGUCACUGAUACUGCCCCUGCACAUGGACCAGAAAUCCGUGGGGCUGUCAUGACUGUGGAUGAAGAUGAUGAUGAUAUUCCAACUGCUCCAAGUGCACAAGGUGCAGGGCAAAAUGCCCAAAGAGAUGAUACUUUGGGUGAUAGUUCUCAUGAUGGACGUUCUAGACCAAUUGUUCCUGGUUUUAAUAAUUUGCCUGACUAUGCAAAUGAUAUAGAAGAAGAAAUGGUUCGAGCUGCCAUUGAGGCUUCAAAACGGGAGGUUGAAGAAGGUUACUCAAAUCAGCAAUUUGGUGCUCAUAAUGAGUUAAGUAAUCCUGGGCCUCAACAAAGGCCAUCUCACCUAGAAGAUGCUGCACUUGCACGUGCUGUUUCAUUGUCCUUGAAGACUGCUGAACAAGAGAAAGCACUGCGUGAGCAAGGGGGAGAAGUAGGAGCAUCAGAACUGGGAGCUGACAGUCCAGCUGAGGUGGAAGAGCUGAGGGAAUUACCUGCACCAAAUGGAAGGCAAGGAUUUGGUUCUUUGGACAAAGUUACUUCAAGUCGACCUAAGUUGGAGGCAGGAAGCUCAUCCAUCCAAGAUGAAGCUGAAGAUAUUGAUGAACAGCCACUGGUUAGGAACAGGACUAGACGUAUGUCUUCUGGCUCAGUUGAAUCUGUCAAAGAAACUGGAGCAAUUGAGGUCAGCCCAGUGUCCAGUCCCAGGCAGCAGAAUGUUGGUGCUGAUCCUGACCCCAAUGGAACUGCAUUCCAUUCUGAUGAGUGGGGAGGCAUCUCUUCCGAGGAACAUGAUGAGGCAGUCAUGCUUGAGGCUGCGCUCUUUGGUGGAAUUCCUGAUCAUUUUGGAUUUGGUCCCCAUCGAUUUAUGCAUCCUGGUUUAGAUAGAAAUUUUCCGCCUAUAGCUCGCCCCCCAUCACCUAGUUUGGCUGCUCAGCGCUUGAUACGGGAACAACAGGAUGAUGCAUAUCUUGCAUCACUGCAAGCUGACCAAGAAAAGGAAUUAAAGGCUAUGGAGGAAGCUGAAGCUCGUCGUUUACAAGAGCAAAUGGCUAGAGAAACUGCUCUUGAGGAGGAAAGGCGAAGGGAAGAAGAAUCUCGUAGGAAGUUGGAGGAGCAACAGGAGUUUGAGAGACAAUUAGCUGCAAAAGAAGCUUCCCUGCCACAAGAACCAGGAUCCGAUGAUGAGAAUGCUGUAACUCUUCUUGUGCGGAUGCCUGAUGGCAGUCGACGAGGCCGUCGAUUUCUUAAAUCUGAUAAGCUACAGUCUCUGUUUAACUUCAUAGAUGUUGGUAGAGCAGUCAAGCCUGGCACUUACAGAUUGGUGAGACCAUACCCUCGACGCGCUUUCAGUGAUGGAGAGAGCACUUUAAGCUUGAAUGAACUAGGGCUGACCAGCAAACAAGAAGCAUUAUUUCUGGAGUUGAUUUAAAAUGAUUUUUCCGAGGUUGGAUAGUUACUCAAUUUGAAAAAUCUAGUUUGUUUUUUAAUAUAAAAUAAUACAUGAAAUGUGGGAUGUUAUUUGGGAUUUUUGGUGAUGUUUGGUUGGAAUACAUGGAAUCAAAGAAGGAGAUGGAGAAGAAGCUAUUGUGAUUGUGGAAGGGGCAGAACAAUCAUACUUCCAGGAUUCGAUUUAAUUGUUGGUGUUUGGUUGCUCUUGGGAAAUGACUGUGUAUAGAUAUUCAGUAAUUCAUUAUAUAAAUGGAUGAGAUAGAACUUCAAUUGACUGCAGGCAGUGCACUGCAGUCUCUUAUAACC